AUGACCCAGGCCCCUUCAGUGUCAAGUGGAGAAAGCUCAGUUGAGAUUGUAAGCUGUGAAUCUGAUGACACCGUUCUUCUAAGUGAUGACAGUCUUACAAGAAAGCGGAGAGCUGAAGAUGAAGCUGGAAUUCUUGUCCAGAAAAUCCUGCAAAGUAAACCUGGUGGGGAUGCAAUCAUGAGAGAGUACCACAAAACCAAAAGCCUGUCUGACAGCACCAGGAGAAAGAUGAUCAAUAUUCUUACUGCAGAUAUGACUGAAAAGCACAGCACUUCUCCACCCAAACGCAUAAGAGAAAUGUAUGCCCAAGGAAUAAUCGCCCUGUUUCCGUAUCUCCGGGAUCCGUACGCGAAGCAUGGAUAUGAACAUUAUUAUGACCCUCAGAGCGGACAGGGGUAUUUGUCAUGGAAAAUUAAGAACAUUCAAAGGAACCGUGCACCCUCAGAGACCCGUAGAUGUGUCUCCCAGUCGUUCAGUGGUGGCCCAUCCGCGCAGAGAGAAGCUUCAUCCAGCACAGAGGUUAUCCUGACAGAAGAACAGUGUAGGGAAGCUGUUUCUUUAAUGAAGCAUACUUCAGAGGUGGACACAGUAAAGGUCAAAAUGAGCGAGACGUUUCAGUAUCGUCGCAAGAUGAUUCGUGACCCAAGCAGUUGCGCUGAUGUGCUGACUCAAUUUCCACGCUAUUUGGACAUUAAAGGCCUGAUUGAACUGGAUUUUGUUUUGAUUUUUGGUGAGAAGACAUCAGCCAAGUUUUUGGAAAGGUGGCCAACUACAUUUAUGCAGAAAGCCAUUCAACAAAGCAAAGGGCUUCACUUCUCCCAAGACCUUCAGGACCUGAUUGAUUCUGCAGAAUCAGCUGUGGGGAAUGAAUCGGUUGUGGACGUAUGGGGUAGCGGUCUUGCUUCGAUUCUUCUCUUACUGCAUUUGAUUCCAAGGUGAAAGAGAGUCCAAGAGUCCACCAUCACCACAAGGGCGCAAGAGACCUGGAAAAAUAUCUGCAUCACAAGCUGAGAAAC